CGCUAACCCAGCAACUGCAUGGUGUGUGUGUGUGUGUGUGUGUGUGUGUGUGUGUGUGUGUGUGUGUGUGUGUGUGUGUGUGAGAGAGAGAGAGAGAGAGAGAGAGAGAGAGAGAGAGAGAGAGAGAGAGAGAGAGAGAGAGAGAGAGAGAGAGAGAGAGAGAGAGAGAGAGAGAGAGAGAGAGAGAGAGAGAGAGAGAGAGAGAGAGAGAGAGAGAGAGAGAGAGAGAGAGAGAGAGAGAGACUCACUCACUCACUUAUACACAACCAGCUAAUCCCUGAGAUGAACCACUCGUGUUGCGGCUGGCCUCGUUUAUUUGACUCGAUUUGCAUGAUAAUUCGCCAUGUUUUACUCACACUCACUUUCUGUUGAUGUUCCUCAGCUCCAUAGUAAAUCGGAGCCAAACAUGACGUGAAUGCUUUCCAUCCUUUCUUUCCCUUGAUUGCGUCAGAUUUUCAUUUGAGUGAAAGUGUAUUCGAAGGUAACCUCUCCAGAGUGGACAGGUGUGUGGAAACCAUGAUCGGCUGGACGGGUGUGAAUGAGCGAACCUUCAUCGCUAUAAAGCCCGACGGCGUGCAGAGGAGGCUGGUGGGUGAGAUCCUACGGCGGUUUGAGAAGAAGGGCUUCAAACUGGUCGGCCUGAAACUUGUGCAGCCUUCGAAGGAUCUUCUGACAGAGCACUACUGGGACUUGAGGAGCAGACCGUUCUUCAAUGGACUGGUCAGCUACAUGAGCUCCGGACCUGUUGUUGCCAUGGUGUGGCAGGGCUUGGACGUGGUCAAGACUGGACGCAAAAUGUUGGGAGAGACCAAUCCCGCAGACUCGCUGCCUGGAACCAUCCGGGGAGACUUCUGUGUGGACGUGGGCCGGAACAUCAUUCACGGCAGCGACUCGGUGGAAAGCGCCCAGAAAGAGAUCUCCCUGUGGUUCAGGCAGCAGGAGCUGAACUGCUGGGACGACAGCAGCAGCCGCUGGAUCUACAACUGACUUUUGGUGGUACACACGCAAACAUCAUGACGGUGUCUUGGCGGUGGUUUACGUUUCACCUUCAGCAACUUCCUGCAUUCCUCUCCUCAAAUACCUCCUGGAUCAAAGGGCCUUCCUGCAGAACACUGUUUACUUAAUGAAUAACAAUCACCAACAUCCAAAGCAGAACCAAGCUUUUGUACUUGUUUGUUUUGAUCAAUUCUGAGCUCGAGUACUUGAAUAAGAAAAUAUUUUCUUAACAUGACAAGUUUGUAAAACCACCCAAGGGUGUUAUUGAAUAGCACCACGUCCAGUAAAACCAAUGUUUCUUAUGA